AGGCGAGAGAAGCAGAAGAACAAGCUGCAAGGGAAGAAGAGGCGCGACAGCUGCUGGAAGAACGUCAAAGUCGUCGUAAGAUGCAGUUGGAACAGGAGGAGCAGCGAUCUCGGCAGUUGGAGGAGCAGCGUUUGGGGCGUUUCGGAGCAUCCAGCGAUGUGCGGGGACUGACGGAUGAGCUCGAGCGGCAAUGGGCCGAACAAGAAGCACAGGAGCGCCGCAGGGUCGAAGACUACGCGCGUUUCCGGCGGCGGCAGUUUGAGGAGUGGGAGAGACACUUUGCGGCUGAAAGGCUGCGCUUUGCCAGCGAGGCGGAAUUCUGCGCUGCAAAGCUGCGACAGAAGGCACGAGUGGCAGCCGCAGCUGAUGAGCAGUUCUACGCGUCCAAGCGUGACACAUGGCACAAGAGCGAGCGUGCUCUACCUGAAGCGGAAGGUGAUACCAACCUGGCACCCGAAGAACGGCAGGUCAUGAAGGAACUUCGCUCCGUUCUGGGUGCUCCGCGAGAAACACAGAAGGCGAAGGUGAAGGAUCUUCUGAUCCGAUUGCACCCGGACAAGAACCCUGGAUGUACCGAAAAGGCGAAGCAGCUCUUCCAAUUCCUCCAAGAGCAAAGACGUGCCGUGCUGGGUCUCUGAGUGGCGCUCAAGGGCAACUGAGCAUACGCACGAGGGCCUCAAGUCCACAAGAAAGCAAUACACAUCAACACCAACCAUGAUUUGACCCCUUCAAGUGUAAAACGCAACCACUUUGCUGUCUCAAAAGAGACACCAAGCGGUAACAAGAGGUGAACCGGAGGUGACCGAUGUUGGCGAAUCGCGCAGAUCGGCAUUUC